UCCAUUUGAUUCUUGUAAUAAAAAGGGGGAAAAUUUUUGUAAUCCAUUUAUAUAUUGAUUCUGUAGCGGCAAGUUCCUCGCUGCCAUCAGAAUUUUGUCAUCUCUCUCUGUUGCGCGCGCAAUACCUCUUGAAUACUUAUCUAUAUCGUUAGCUUUCCUUCGCCAAUCUCUCCGAAUUUCCCUACAGGUUUUUCUGUGGGUUUAUUGCUGUUCUUACCGACACCUUUGAAUCCGGGAUACGGAUACAAGACCACCUCCAUGACUUCUCAGGUGUUGGUAGCUCUUGCACUUUCGCUUGUGGGUGGAUUCAGUACCUCUCUAGGUGCGCUUUUUGUGAUUCUCAGUGACACCCCAAAUUUGAAGAUGCUCGGUCUUUUACAGGGUUUUGCUGCAGGUCUAAUGUUGAGCAUUUCGUUCCUGGAUUUAGCUCAUAAUGCUAUUAACUCAAUCGGAUUCUUAAAAGGAAACCUUUGGUUUUUUGCAGGUGUAAUCUUCUUUGCUUUUGUUGCUCAUUUCGUCCCAGAAUCUACACUUGCUCCUGGUUCAGAUACCAAAAGUAAGAAGGACAAGGAUGAAAGGGGAAAGGACGUUAUGAAAAAGCAUCGUCGACAGGUUCUAUACAGUGGCAUAAUAACAGCAAUAGGUAUAAGCUUACAUAAUUUUCCAGAAGGGAUGGCUGUUUUUCUUGGAUCGAUGAAGGGCCUUCGUGUUGGUGUAAACUUAGCCUUAGCCAUUGCCUUGCACAACAUACCUGAGGGUGUGGCGGUUGCGCUUCCUGUUUAUUUUGCUACACAGAGCAAAUGGCAGGCAUUCAAGUUGGCCACUCUAUCAGGUUUUGCUGAGCCCCUCGGUGUUAUAAUCGUAGCCUACUUAUUUCCAAGCAGCUUGAGUCCUGAAAUUCUUGAAGGCCUACUAGGAUCUGUUGGUGGAGUAAUGGCUUUUUUAACUCUACAUGAAAUGCUGCCUCUGGCAUUUGAUUAUGCUGGACAGAAGCAAGCUGUGAAAGUAGUCUUCUUAGGGAUGGCUUUCAUGUCAGCAAGCCUUUAUUUUCUGGAAAUCAGCUUGCCGCAGGAUUUGAGCUUGUAGUUAGCUGUCUCUUCUGUUCCUUGCCAUUUCUGUGGUUGUAAAUUUCCUGGAAAAGAAAAAGAAAAUGGGGACAAAGUUGGUCAUAGUCGUCAGCUUUUAUUAACUGGCAUUUGCCUCAACAAGCACACAGCCGCUUCCAUGGAAAAUGAUAAUUCUGUAUAAAAAUUGAACUCCUUACCUCAUCAGAAUGUGAAAAAUAAAUCUAACUCAUUUACUUGUUGAUCUCAGUUCUGCGUUCAUUAUCGUA